UUGAAGACCACCGCAAAGACAUGUUGGGAAAAUAAUCUUGACCGGUUGACGCUCACUAAAUGAAAGCAAAUAUACGUUCAGUUGUAAAUCUGAUGAUGGAAGCAUGUAAAGAGAAAAACCUAAAGGAGUCAGCUCCGCCCUGCCAACACAGAAAAGCAACAUUGUUUGAAAGUUUUCUCAUGGACAUGGAGACCAUAUCAAAAUUUCCAUUAGCUGACUCAUUUUUUAUUUUUUUCUUAUUGGUGGUUUCAAUAUUUUGUGCCUGUCUUGAGAGCAUGUUUGCUGUAGGCUAUUUACAAAAGAGUGAACUGUUAAACGAAAACGAAUGUAUGUUGCUCAAGUUCAUUGUUUGGUCCACAUUUUUUUGGCCGGCACUUUUCGGUCACCUGGCGAUUCUUCAGCAGUUUACACGCGCGAUUAUCAGGGAAGAAAAUCUUUUGCACAGAAACCCACACACACUAACAUCGGACCAGGAAGAAAUACGUAUUGGAGACCAAAGAAAUGGAAAGGACAAGAAUUUAAAGAACAGUCGGACUCUUAAACUGGAUUGCGUCAUUCGGCGUUACGCCUGGGAGCAGCUGAUAGAGGAGUCUUGCGAACACAUCAGCGACUUUCUGGUGGCGCAUAAGAAAUACUUCACCUAUGAGGUGGACUGGUCGGCGCUGACCUUCAAACACAAGGUCACCAAGUUGUCUCCCAAGGUGAAGGACGGAACUGUGAUCAAGACACAACGGGGAGAUAUACAAACAGGCACGCAAUGGGUUCCGCUCUGGGCGUGUUACUAUGACAACCAAACCGACUGUAAACAAGGUCACGCUUUCAGAGGAUCACGCGGCACAACAACAUGGGUGGAAGUCGACUUAGACCAGUGUUAUUCAAUCAAUCGACAGGUUCAGCUGUGUGCCCUCAGAGACCUCCCUCAACGUUUAAAAAUGGACAUAGAAAUAGUCAAAUUCCCCAAUCUAACCAAGGUCAAAGGUGAAGUGUUCCAAAAGGUUCAGAACUGGCAUGUCGACUCACUGGUUGAAGUGGAGCCAUCGUCUCGAGCCCAUGCUCAGCUGUUAGCGAGACAAGAGUGCUCUGUUGUGGAGUUUGAGAUUCGAACCACUUUAUCCAACCCUAAAGGAGAGUUGCCGGUUAAAUUCACAUACAAUAAGAGAGACAUCUCAUUUGUGUCAUACAUUAAAGACUUACAUGAGGCUUUUCAGCUUGUGAAAGACGGCGGAGUUCUUAGACCAAAAGAAAUGGCAUGUGUGGAGUUGAUUGAGGAGAAGUGGCUGGACAAAGAUGGCGUGGAGCACUCGACCUCCCACCCCCAGAUCAUCACCCGGGGCACCUGUGUCUGCCUUAACUGGACUGACCAGAGAGUGGACAUCAAGACCAGUCCAUUGUCAAUGGACGAGUCCACUUCUGAUGGGGACCACAACAUGAACAAGACGCCCAUCAAUCAUACUGAAGAAAACCCAAGCGUCAACUCAAUUGCUAUGGUUGAUUAGCUUUAUACAAAUACAUACGUAUAUGCAUAUUGUAU